AUGUCGUCCAAGGCACUUUGCCUGGACGCCUCCUCCUUUCCUCACAUCCUUGACAGCGUCAUUGACCUGAGCGACAUAGGUACCAAGCUCGUCCUCCGCUCAACCUGCAAAGCGCUCCGUGACAAGAUAGACCCUAUGAUCUUUCACCACGUAGUCCUGGACGGCACCUCGCCCACCCGGCCAGACCGCUUCCACUUCCCGGUCGGCUAUGUCCUAAAUCCUGAGAAGCAUCUCCUUCGGCACGUCCACAUUGUCGAUCGCGUCAUCCUGGAGCGAUUAGACGUAACCGACCUGAGUCCGUUCUUCACCAACCUUAAGACUGUGCGGCUAUUCGAAGGGGCUAGUGGCAUCCCUGCAGAACCUGGUCCUACACGCAUUCCACUCCCUGCUACCGAGUAUAUAUUCUUCACAUGUCUAGUUCCCAGAGUUGGCAUAAUGGGGGCCAUUACGAAUGCCUGUGUGGGACCGUGUCACGCCAAGACCACGCGGAUCGUCAUCAACGCCAGCGUCCACCGAACCAACCGGCUCAUGAUGUUUAGCUCCCUCGUGUUCAGCUUGUUUCCAGACACACUCCAACACCUCACCGUCAUCUUCCGCGAAUGCCCUGCGCCUUACCCAGAGGAAGAGCUGCACAGGCUGUUGGGCAGCUGGGGCGACACUAAUAUCCUCCGCCAACUACGCUUUUUCAUGGGCCAACGUAUCCCGGCUCCGCCGCAGUUUGAAUGCCGCUAUGGGUUUACGACCUUUACGUUUGUCAACUUUGACAUGUUGGUGCGCGAGUGGCUGGGGCGCGAGUUUACGUCGACACCUACAGUGGACAUCAAGACGCGGCUCACGCAGGUCCUGGUCGACGAUGUACUCCAAUCCUUUCGAUUGACUACCACCCAUCCCGAGCCGUGGAUGGGACCAGAGUGGCGGGACGUGGCGGUACAGAUGGUUGCAGAUGGCGUCGAGUUCCUGUCGUUAGAGGAAUAUCGCGUACGGAUCGGGGACAAGCAGUUCGAGCUGGAGACCGUACCAGGAUAG